AUGGGUGCCACGGCGCAUGCCACUCCUGACGCCGGCAUGGUGGCCUCCUCGGAAGAUUAUAGUGGCCCGAACACGCUCCGGGUUGGAAAUGAUGGCUCAGUGGAACGACACAAAGCACGCCUCGUUGCUAAAGGGUUUAACCAGCUAGAUGUCCAUAAUGCCUUCCUAAACGGGUACUUAGCAGAAACAGUUUACAUGAAACAACCACCAGGGUAUGAAGACCCGGCUCAUCCUGGUCACGUCUGUCUCUUGCAACGGUUCCUCUAUGAUCUUAAGCAAGCCCCGCAGGUAUUCAUCCUUGUCUACGUUGAUGACAUCAUCAUGAUGGGCAGUAACGCUACCCUAGUGAGCACUUUGCUAGGUCGUCUUGCUUCUGCUUUCAAAAUCAGGGACCUUGGUAAACCAGGGUUUUUCUUAGGCAUUAAAACUGUUGAAGUUAGUGAUGGUAUGAUCUUGUCCCAGCGUCGCUACAUGACCAACUUGUUGAAUAGGGCUGGGAUGGUUGACUGCAAACCGCUUGCUACUCCCGCAUCGACCACACAGUCGGUUACUCCGUCCGAUGAGCCGUUUGAUAAUCCGACUCAGUAUCGUCGUAUUGUUGGAGUGUUACAGUAUCUCACUAUUACUCGGCCUGAUUUGUCAUAUGCCGUUAAUCACCUGUGCCAGUUCAUACAUUCUCCGUCUACUGAUCACUGGGCCAUAGUCAAACGUGUGUUGCAGUAUAUCAAGGGCACUCUGGACUAUGGGCUACGCCUGAGUUCGUCUCCUACUGCUUCCAUCCAUGCCUAUUCAGACUCCGACUGGGCUGGUUGUCCGAUUGACAGGAAGAGCACCAGUGGAUAUGCUGUCUUUCUCGGGUCCAAUUUCAUCUCGUGGCUUUCCCGAAAACAACGGACUGUGGCACGCUCCUCGACUGAAGCAGAAUAUAAAGCUUUGGCUGAUGUUGCGGCUGAGGUUACUUGGGUUGUCUCUCUGUUGCGUGAGCUAGGGCUACAUACGGGGCAGCCGUCCAAUUUGUGGUGUGAUAAUUUAGGGGCAACGUAUCUAUGUGCCAAUCCGGUUUUUCAUGCUAGAACGAAGCAUGUUGAGAUCGACUAUCACUUCGUUCGUGACAAGGUUGCGACGGGGGAAUUUGUGGUUAUUUUGUUUCAACCAAGGACCAGCUAG